CCCAAAGUCACAGGGUUCCAUGCUCAGUCAUCCCCCUGCCCUGGAUAACGCACGGAUCGGCUUGCCGCCCAGGUCGCGCCGGGAGCCCGCUCCGCAGCAGCCAUGGGGCUCCGCUCCUUUCUCCUACUCCUGGCCCUUGUGCUCCCAUGCUCGGCGCUGAUCAGAAUCCCGCUGACUAAGUUCCCCUCGGUGCGCCGCAUCCUAAAUGAAGCCGGAAGCGAAAUCCCCGAUCUGAAUGCCAUGGGCGAAUUCCUGAAAUACAAGCUGGGUGUGCCUGGCAUAGGGGAUCCCACCCCGGAGACCCUCAAGAACUACAUGGAUGCUCAGUACUAUGGCGAGAUUGGUAUUGGGACACCACCGCAAAAGUUCACCGUGGUCUUUGACACUGGAUCGUCCAACCUCUGGGUGCCCUCUGUCCAUUGCAACCUCCUGGACAUCGCCUGCUUGAUCCAUCACAAAUACGACUCCUCCAAAUCCAGUACAUACCAGAAGAACGGCACAGCUUUCGCCAUCCAUUAUGGAACCGGGAGCCUGUCUGGAUACCUCAGCCAGGAUGUUGUGGGGAUUGGUGACUUAGUUGUCAAGGACCAGAUCUUUGGUGAAGCAACCAAGCAGCCUGGCAUAACCUUCAUCGCUGCCAAGUUCGACGGCAUUCUGGGUAUGGCCUUCCCGAAGAUCUCUGUGGACAAAGUCACACCCUUCUUCGAUAACGUCAUUCAGCAGAAGCUGGUGGAGAAGAACAUCUUUUCCUUCUACCUCAACAGGGACCCAUCAGCUCAGCCUGGAGGGGAGCUGCUGCUGGGGGGGACUGAUCCCAAGUAUUAUAGCGGAGACUUCAACUGGGUGAAUGUCACACGCAAGGCAUACUGGCAGGUCCACAUGGAUCAACUGGAUGUUGCCAACAGCCUGACCCUGUGCAAAGGGGGCUGUGAAGCCAUUGUGGACACUGGAACCUCGCUCAUUACAGGGCCAACGAAGGAGGUGAAGGCGCUGCAGGCAGCCAUCGGGGCUAAGCCACUCAUCAAAGGACAGUACGUGAUCCCCUGCGAUAAAGUGCCGUCCCUUCCCGUCGUCACUCUCAUGCUAGGAGGAAAGCCCUAUGGGCUCACAGGAGAACAGUACACCUUCAAGAUUUCUGUACAGGGAGAGACCAUCUGCCUGAGUGGAUUUUCAGCCCUGGACGUCCCACCUCCCGGGGGCCCGCUGUGGAUCCUGGGAGAUGUAUUCAUUGGCCCCUACUACACAGUGUUUGACCGUGAUAAUGACUCUGUUGGCUUUGCCAAAUGUGUCUGAGUACCUGCCCCACCACCCCUGCCACACGCAUGCACUGUAGAGAGUGAGUACCAGGAUUAGGAAGCAAAUGAGGAAAUAAAAGAAAUGGAAAUAGAUUUAAAAUUAAAAAGGAAACAAUAUUCGUGCCCUUUUAAUGACCCUUUGCCGUCUCUUGAAUAAGUGAUAAUCAGAGCUGUAGCGGAUCACUCAAUCUAGAGCAGCCCCUGCCUUGUUAGAUCUUCCAGCUCCAUUUUAAAUAUUCGCUGUUGAAGCUGCACAAUGCCCACUCAUGACUCCAAGCACCGAUCUCGCAAAUAGGAGAGCCAGCUUAUGAGAUCCAUGCGAUGAUUCCACUCCUCCUGCAGAGAACCCACAUUGGUAACAGUCUCUGGAUUCCAUGUACAUGCAGAAAACUUUCUCCUUAUUCCUCUUCUCUAACCAAUGACAGGGUGCGGGAGCUAAGUUCAUCUUACGGCUGCUCCGAGUCACAUGAGGAAGAAAAGCAAUAGUCUGGUGGCUCUCAAUGAGCUUGUGCUGCUUUAAUGUGCUUUCUUGUGGAGCUGAGGAGGGUGGUCAAGUGAUGGCUGCAUGAGCCAUCCCUUAAAACGCACAAGGGACAGUUUAGGAUCAAAAUACAUUAGCCGAGUUUCUUGUGCGGCAGCACAAUGGGAGCACUUGGCGUGGUGUGACCAUCCCUGUUGAAGUGUCUCACCUGGCAGGGAUGACAACAGGGGCUCCAGCCGGUAGAAUCCUCAGGGAGCGGGAAGGGGACCAUGGUAGGAUUUGAUAAUGGUCUUUGAGUUCAUGUCUGCAACGGCCUAUCUUUAUGCUUAAGGCUGAGCAAACCAGAUCAGAUAAAUAAGAGAUGACCCAAACUUUUCUUAGGUUUGAAAUAGUUUGGUUGGUUGGGGUUUUUUCUUAAAGUCCUACGGUUUGGGAAAAUUUGUCCAGAGCUAUUGAUCUGGGAGGUAACAUUUUUUUGAAAGCGUUUAAGUUACCUAGAAGCCUUAGGUCCUACUGACAGUCAAUGGGGCUUAGGUGCUUUCAAGUCACUUAGAUACUUUUUUCAGAGUAGCUUUUGAAUGCUUUUUCUUUAGAUGCUUUUGAAAAUUUUACUCAUGGCAUUUUUGAUCUGAUCAAACCAGCCUAUUAGCAGUCAGACGAGAGACUUGCAAGACUUCCAGAUCAAAGAGGUUUGGGGAAGCAUCUCAAGUUCCAGGUGUUUCUCUUUACCAAGCCUCUGAACCUCUGGAAGCCAAUUCAUUUCUACUCUACGCUCCCUAUUCUGAACCCUGGCUUACUUUUCUUGUUAAAAACCACGUAAACGUACACUGUGCUAUACAAAUAUAGAGUGAGGCACAUUGCCCGCUCUAGAGAGCUUACAGUCAUGCGCACAGACCCACACUCAUCCAGUUAAGAGCCAUCAGCUAUGUAUACAAAACUGUUCACCCAGUUGGGCCCUUAGACAAGACAAACAUGGAGCAGUAGUCCAGGGGAGGGACUGCAAGGAGCAAGUGGUGGAUGGAAGGAGGACAAAGUGGAUUUUAAGUAGGGUUUUGAGUAAGUGGGAGAGAGUGAGCUUGGUAGAGUUAUUCAAGGCUUUGAUCCAAAGCCCACUGAAGUGAACAGGGAGACUCUCAUUGACUUCAGUGGGUGUAUAAUGCAGCAUGAGCACAAUACAGAGGGUGAAAAAGAAAAGCAAAGACCCAGAUCGUGCCCUGGUGUGAGCCAGUGUAACACCAAUGUUAGCAGUAAGGUGAGAGGAUUGGGAGUAAUGUAGGGAGUGAAAUCCUGACCCCCCUGAAGUCAAUGGGAGUUUGGCCCCUGACUUUAAUGGAGCCAGGAUUUCCCCCAGGGAGCAGCAGGCAGUGAGAGCAGUAAUGUGCCUGGGGGCAUAUAGGAAGCUAGUCACACUAGGGAACAUACACUUUUCCCCAGGACCAAGCCAACAUUGAGCCUGCCAGCUGGGGAGAGAAAAGGGCUGCCACUUAAUGAGGAUGUUCAGAGAGAAUGGGGUGGAGAUGAUCUAAAAUGAUUCCCAUCACAUAAGCCUGCUGAGCGCCACCCUUUUCCAGUCCAUUGCACUCCCUGUGAUGAGUUUGCUAACGUUGACUCAGGCUUUAAUAACAACCUCUGCUGCUCAGACUGGGAGGGGUUUCGUUGGUGCAUAGUUAAUGCUCACAAUCAUUACUGUUACUCAGACACCUGGAAGGGGCUGCCUGAGGCAGCUGUGACUGGUGUGAAUGAAGUAACGCUGAUACAUGUGUCAGUCUGCACAGCCCCAGGAGUAAUAAAUACGCUGUUCCCACCAUGGCCUGUCGUCUGUGCAUGCUCUUCGGCUGCAGCCUCGGAUUAGAAGCUGAAGGCAUCUGUUACAGCCUAAAGACCUAGCUAGGGAACAACAGUGUGUUCCCCAAAACCAUCAAACACAAAUCCUCAGCUGCCCUCCAGAGAGUCCCAUUCGCAAAUUGAUCAAGUGCCCAGAGCUGUUUAAAGUUUGAAGUUAAAUCCUUUCUCAGCUGAAGAAUUUAUCCCACACAGUGACUUAAACAUAGAACUUUUUUUAGAUGUCCGUUAAUUAGAUUUGGUGGAAGGUAAAAUCUCUAGCAGGGAAUUGACUGCAAGGUUAGAUUUUAUUAAGGAUCUAUUUUUAACCCCUUCCAAAGCAGGCAGAGUGCAUUAUAUGAAGGAGCCAUUGUACAUUAGUUGCUGUUAAACAUAUAAUGCCCUAGGACAUUUAUACCUGAGGGAAGAAUUUGGUCCAUAGUGAUGCCCUAAAAGACACAUCUUAAGACAGGCUGGGGGGAGUGGUUUAUUUGAUGUAACACAUUUGCAAUGCAAAGAUUGUGGCGCUUCUGAAAUCAGUCUCUUUCCCUUGUUGUUUUACUUGUGUUUUUCAACCGGAGCUUGAAAUGCUUUUUGACUUUAUUUUUGGGGCAAUCUGACGUGCUGUCAGAAUUCCUGUCUCUAGAUUUAUUAUAGAAAAUUGAAAUGAAAACGUCUUUUCUCCCCUUUA